UUUUGAGACUUUCGUCGCCUCCCACACGUUUCCUUCGCCCACUACUCCCCCCCCCCCCCCGCUCGAGCUCGAACACCGCCACCUCCGCAUCCGCGCGCGCUGCACGUGAAACCCUAGCUCCGAUCUCCCUCACCAGUCGAUCGCAGCAGUUUGGCGGGGCGGGGCGGGGCUAUGGCGAGCGGCAUCUGAGCGUGCGAGCGACUGGGCGCGUAGAUCCGAGGGCUUCGCUUCGCUUCGCGAUGGCGAGGGCGGAGACGAACUGGGAGCGGCUGGUUCGAGCGGCGCUGCGCGGGGAGCGGUUUGGCGGCGCUUACGGGCAGCCCGUGACCGGAAUCGCCGGGAACGUGCCGUCGUCGCUCGGCAACAACGUACACAUCGAGGAGGUGCUCCGCGCCGCCGACGAGAUCCAGGAUGAGGACCCUACCAUCGCGAGGAUUCUGUGUGAGCAUGCAUAUGCACUAGCCCAAAAUUUGGAUCCAAACAGCGAAGGGAGAGGUGUGCUGCAGUUUAAAACGGGUUUAAUGUCAGUAAUCAGGCAAAAACUAGCAAAGAGGGAUGGCGGUGCUAUAGACAGAAGUCGGGAUAUUGCUAAACUGCAAGAAUUUUACAAGCUUUAUAGAGAAAAGCAUAAAGUGGAUGAGUUGAUUGAGGAUGAAAUGAAGUUGAGGGAAUCUGCUGUGUUCAGUGGUAAUCUUGGAGAGUUGGAACGCAAAACUCUGAAGCGCAAAAAGGUACUUGCGACUUUGAAGGUCUUAUGGUCAGUAAUGGAGGAUCUGACGAAGGAAAUUUCACCCGAGGAUGCAAAAAAUUUGAUAUCUGAAGAGAUGAAAAAGGUCAUGCAAAAAGAUGCGGAGAGGACAGAGGAUGUUGUUGCAUAUAAUAUUAUUCCUCUAGAUGCUCUGUCUACUACGACUAAUGCAAUUGUGACUUUUUCAGAGGUGAGGGCAGCAAUAUCAGCUUUGCAGUACCAUAGAGAUCUGCCCAGGCUCCCUGGUACCUUUUCAGUCCCUGACGCUAGGAAUUCAGAUAUGCUGGAUCUUUUGCAAUGUGUAUUUGGUUUUCAGGAAGGUAAUGUGAAAAACCAACGAGAGCAUAUCAUUCACCUAUUGGCAAAUGAACAGUCUCGACUGGGCAAACUAUCAGGGAAUGAGCCGAAAAUCGAUGAGGGUGCUGUGCAUGUUGUCUUCUCCAAAUCACUUGAUAACUAUAUCAAAUGGUGCAACUAUCUGCCACUGCUUCCUGUCUGGAACAACACUGAUUCUUUGACCAAAGAAAAGAAGUUGCUAUAUGUUUGUUUGUUCUACUUGAUGUGGGGAGAAGCUGGUAAUGUACGAUUUCUUCCAGAGGGUUUAUGCUACAUAUAUCAUCAUCUAGCAAGGGAACUAGAGGAGGUUUUACAAAAACAGACUGCAGAGCCAGCUGAAAGCUGCAGUUCUAAUGAUGUGGUGUCGUUUCUUGACCAAGUCAUUUCUCCUUUGUAUGAAAUCAUUGCAGCGGAAGCAACCAACAAUAAUAACGGGCGUGCACCCCAUUCUGCAUGGAGAAACUAUGAUGAUUUCAAUGAGUUUUUCUGGUCUCUUAAGUGCUUUCAACUAGGUUGGCCAUGGAAGCUGAGCAACCCAUUUUUCUCAAAGCCUAGUAGGAAAGAGAAGGGCUUGCUAGGUAGAAAUCAUCAUUAUGGAAAGACAUCUUUUGUGGAACAUAGGACUUUUCUUCAUCUUUACCACAGCUUUCAUCGCCUUUGGAUGUUCCUAAUUAUGAUGUUUCAGGGACUAACUAUCAUUGCUUUUAACAAUGAUAAUUUUGACAUGAAGACCGCAUUGCAACUUCUUAGUCUGGGCCCAACUUAUGUCGUAAUGAAAUUUGUUGAGAGUCUAUUGGACAUUCUGAUGAUGUAUGGUGCCUAUUCAACAUCUCGUGGAUCUGCAAUCACCAGAGUGCUAUGGCGAUUCUGUUGGUUUACGGUAGCUUCGUUGGUGAUUUGUUACCUAUAUGUCAAGGCACUUCAAGAUGGGACACAGUCAGCAACAUUCAAGAUAUAUGUAUUUGUUAUCAGUGCAUAUGCGGGUGCCCACAUAGUUAUCAGCCUACUUAUGAGCGUCCCUUGUUGCCAUGGUUUGACUCAGGCUUGCUACCGCUGGUCUUUUGUGCGCCUUGCUCAGUGGAUGCAUCAGGAGCACAAUUAUGUUGGAAGAGGCAUGCAUGAGAGUCCCAUUGACUAUAUAAAAUACGUCGCUUUCUGGAUUACAAUUCUUGGUGCAAAAUUUUCAUUCACCUAUUUUCUCCAGAUAAAGCCUCUUGUGAAACCAACAAGAAUUGUAAUCAAUUUCAGAGGCUUGGAGUAUGCCUGGCAUGACUUUGUUUCAAAGAAUAACCAUAAUGCUCUUACAAUCCUUUCAUUAUGGGCUCCAGUGGUGUCAAUUUACCUUUUGGACAUUCAUGUAUUUUACACUGUGCUGUCUGCUAUAUACGGAUUUCUCCUUGGCGCGCGCGAUCGCUUGGGAGAGAUCAGGUCUGUUGAAGCAGUUCACAGAUUCUUUGAGAAGUUCCCUGAAGCAUUCAUGGAUAAACUUCAUGUUGCUGUUCCAAAAAGGAAACAAUUGCAAUCAUCUGGUCAGCAUACAGAAUUGAACAAGUUUGAUGCAUCUAGAUUCGCUCCCUUCUGGAAUGAAAUUGUGAGGAAUUUACGGGAAGAGGAUUAUAUUGAUAACACUGAACUGGAAUUGCUUUUGAUGCCCAAGAAUGAUGGAAUGCUUCCCAUUGUGCAAUGGCCACUUUUCUUGCUUGCUAGCAAGGUUUUCUUGGCCAAAGAUAUUGCAAUUGACUGCAAAGACUCACAAGAUGAACUUUGGCUAAGGAUAUCUAAGGAUGAGUACAUGCAAUAUGCUGUUGUAGAAUGCUUCCAUAGCAUUUAUUAUAUCCUGACAUCUAUACUAGAUAAAGAAGGACGUCUCUGGGUGGAGAGGAUUUAUGGUGGUAUCCGAGAAAGUAUUUCAAAGAAGAACAUCCAGAGUGAUCUUCAUUUCAGCAAAUUGCCUAAUGCUAUCGCCAAGCUUGUUGCUGUACUGGGAAUACUGAGAAGUACAACCGAGUCCGGUGAUCUGAAAAAGGGAGCAGUUAAUGCUAUUCAAGACCUAUAUGAAGUUGUUUAUCAUGAAGUGGUUUCUUUUGAUAUGAGUGGUAACAUUGACGAUUGGACUCAGAUAAAUAGAGCGAGGGCGGAAGGCCGCCUCUUCAAUAAUCUCAAGUGGCCAAAUGAUCCUGGAUUGAAGGACUUGAUCAAGCGAUUGUAUUCGCUUAUGACAAUUAAGGAAUCAGCUGCAAACGUUCCUAAAAAUCUGGAAGCCGGGAGGAGACUUGAGUUCUUUACAAAUUCUCUGUUCAUGCAAAUUCCUGUUGCAAGGCCUGUUUCGGAAAUGGUUUCCUUUAGUGUAUUUACUCCAUAUUACUCUGAGAUUGUUCUCUACAGCAUGGCUGAACUUCAGAAAAAAAACGAAGAUGGUAUAACUACAUUGUUUUAUCUCCAGAAGAUUUACCCAGAUGAAUGGAAGAACUUCCUUACUCGUAUCAACAGGGAUGAAAAUGCAGCAGACUCUGAACUUUUUGGCAACCCAAAUGACAUACUUGAACUACGUCUGUGGGCUUCUUAUCGUGGGCAGACCUUAGCACGAACUGUUCGUGGUAUGAUGUACUACAGGAAAGCCCUUAUGCUACAGAAUUAUUUGGAGAGGAUACAAUCUGAAGGUAUCUGUACUACUUACCUUGCAAGAUGCAUAGUUGCUAUUUAUCUAAAUGAACAUUCCCUCUUGUGUUUUCUUUCUUUGCUAGACCUCGAAGCUUUGGCUGGUUCGGCUGAUGCACAUUUUGAGUUGUCCCCUGAGGCACGUGCACAAGCUGAUUUGAAGUUUACGUACGUGGUUACCUGCCAAAUUUAUGGAAAACAGAAGGGAGAAGGGAAACCUGAAGCUGCAGAUAUAGCCCUACUAAUGCAAAGGAAUGAAGCUCUCAGAGUUGCUUACAUUGAUGUUGUCGAGAGUGUUAAGAAUGGAAAGCCCACUACUGAGUAUUACUCGAAGCUUGUUAAAGCUGACAUUCAUGGAAAGGACAAGGAAAUUUAUUCCAUUAAAUUGCCUGGCAAUCCGAAGCUUGGGGAGGGAAAACCAGAAAACCAAAAUCAUGCCAUAAUAUUCACUCGCGGAAAUGCAGUGCAGACUAUCGAUAUGAAUCAGGAUAACUACUUUGAGGAGGCACUUAAAAUGAGAAACCUGCUUGAGGAGUUCUCUCUGAAGCGUGGCAAGCAUUACCCUUCUAUUCUUGGUGUCAGAGAGCAUGUCUUCACGGGAAGUGUUUCCUCCCUGGCCUCAUUUAUGUCAAACCAGGAAACUAGUUUUGUGACGUUAGGACAGCGUGUUCUUGCUAAUCCACUGAAAGUGAGAAUGCACUAUGGCCAUCCAGAUGUUUUUGAUAGAAUUUUUCAUAUAACGAGGGGUGGGAUCAGUAAGGCCUCCCGCAUCAUUAAUAUUAGUGAGGAUAUAUAUGCAGGAUUCAACUCAACUCUGCGUCAAGGGAGCAUAACUCAUCAUGAGUAUAUCCAGGUUGGCAAAGGAAGAGAUGUUGGGCUUAAUCAGAUUGCAGUAUUUGAAGGAAAAGUUGCUGGAGGCAAUGGUGAACAAGUGCUUAGCAGAGACAUAUAUAGACUUGGACAGCUUUUUGACUUUUUCCGGAUGUUAUCCUUCUACGUGACAACUGUUGGGUUCUACUUUUGUACUAUGCUAACUGUACUGACUGUGUACAUAUUUCUAUAUGGGAAAACCUAUCUGGCCUUAUCUGGUGUUGGAGAAUCAAUUCAAAAUAGAGCGGAUAUAUUGCAGAAUACAGCCUUGAAUGCCGCUCUGAAUACUCAAUUUCUGUUCCAGAUUGGUAUAUUUACUGCAGUUCCCAUGAUUCUUGGUAUCAUCCUUGAGUCAGGUGUCUUAACGGCUUUUGUAAGCUUUAUUACAAUGCAGUUCCAACUGUGCUCUGUAUUUUUCACUUUCUCCCUUGGAACAAGGACACACUACUUUGGCCGGACAAUACUACAUGGAGGUGCAAAGUAUAGAGCAACUGGUAGGGGUUUUGUGGUACGGCAUAUCAAGUUCGCUGAAAACUACCGUCUUUAUUCUCGAAGCCAUUUUGUGAAAGGGAUGGAGGUUUUACUUCUAUUGGUGAUCUUUCUAGCAUAUGGUUUUAACAAUGGUGAAGCUCUUGGCUACAUUUUACUUUCAAUAAGUAGUUGGUUUAUGGCACUGUCUUGGCUUUAUGCUCCCUAUUUAUUCAACCCAUCUGGAUUUGAAUGGCAGAAGAUCGUUGAGGAUUUCAGAGACUGGACAAACUGGCUGUUUUAUCGAGGUGGAAUUGGUGUUAAAGGAGAAGAAAGCUGGGAAGCCUGGUGGGAAGAAGAACUGGAACAUAUUCAAACCGUUGGAGGAAGGAUACUGGAAACUAUACUAAGCUUAAGGUUUUUUAUCUUUCAAUAUGGAGUUGUUUACCACAUGGAUGCAAGCGAUGCAAGCACGUCUUUAUUGGUGUAUUGGAUUUCAUGGGCUGUGCUUGGUGGCCUUUUUGUCCUUCUGUUGGUAUUUGGUUUAAAUCCCAAGGCCAUGGUUCAUUUUCAAUUGUUCCUGCGUCUGGUCAAAAGCAUCGCAUUUUUGAUGGUUUUGGCGGGUUUGGUUGUGGCGAUUGUGUUUACACGCCUCAGUGUCACAGAUGUAUUUGCUUCCAUUCUAGCAUUUGUGCCAACUGGGUGGGGAAUUCUUUCGAUUGCUGUGGCAUGGAAACCUAUUAUGAAGAAAUUAGGCUUGUGGAAAAUAGUGCGCUCCCUAGCUCGGCUGUAUGAUGCUGGCAUGGGGAUGAUCAUUUUUGUCCCCAUAGCCAUCUGUUCAUGGUUUCCGUUUAUAUCGACUUUCCAGACACGACUUCUGUUUAACCAGGCCUUCAGCAGAGGUUUGGAGAUUUCUCUCAUUCUUGCUGGCAAUAACCCAAAUGCAGGGAUGUGAUGGUGGCAGUUGGGGUCUUGUGCUUCAUCAAUCGGAUCAUGCACAUUCUCAGUUAGCAUUAGGAUGUAUAUAUCUCCAUGUUGACCGGCAAUCAUUUGAUGUGGGUUGAUUGGAUAUAUUUCUAUUGUGAGACUAGUAGCUGUAAUUGUUAUGCCUGAGAACUUUCUGUUGUAUGGCACUCCUAAGUUUUGACAUAUUGAUAUGUGGGCUGAUUGGCAUA